AUGAUUCGCGACGCGCAGAUGCAGCUUCCUCUCUUGCUUGAAGCGCCCAUUUUCUUCGCUUUCUCCUUUAUGUUGACCAACUUCGCCUCUCCUUAUUCAUGCCAGUCAACUUUGGGCUCUUCUGCCCCGCCGCCAUGGGCGAUUCGACAUAGCUCCCGUAUUGCUCAACUAGGAGUCAAGCCUCGACCAGGUGCUCAGAACGCACAGCGCAAAUCUUCUCCGACGCCCUCCACCCAAACCGAUGCCGAUCCGAGCAGAGCAGCCGCCGACCUUCUCAAGGAACUAAUGCAAAAAAGAACCGACGAGCCUAUUAUAAAGUUCUUCGAGAAGGGUGAAUCCGGCCAGAUUGAGCGGCUGGGGGACGAGGAUGCUUUCAAAGAAUCUAUGGGUGGCGUAGACGAUCUGAAGAAGGAACUGAACCAGACUUUUGCGGCUGAUAUGCGGCGCACGCUCUCUCGUUUUCAGAAUGAGGGCGGCUUGGGUGCUUUGGGAAUCAACGAUGUCGACUCGAUUGCGAAAGAUUUCGAAGACAAGCUCGGGAAUGCCAGGAACCCCGAAGACACAUUGGAGAGCUUGAACGCAUACAUCAAAGACUUAGAAAGCCAAUUCGAGGCAAGAGGAUUCGAUGUCAGUCAAUUCGAUUACAAGAACCACGCGGCAACACUGGGCGUCAUACAGGCGACUGCUCGCGUGGACCCCUCACAACGGAAGAAGCAACCCCCAAUUCCGCAGAUCCCCGAGAAAGUGUGGAGCUUCAACCAGCGAAAACGGAUAGUACGAUUGAACACGCUCCUCUCCCGAACGACUAAAGAGAUGCGACGAGGUGAGGAUGUUACGGCAAAGACUGCCCAGACGGUGUGGAAGACGUACGGCGCGGCGAGGCAAUCUCUAGCCAAGGCUUGGGCGCAUGUUCCUCAAGACGUUUGGAACCUUCUGUGGGACAUUCUGUCGCUUGACGAUGCGAAAAACCCAAGCCGUCUCACAUAUCUUUCGCUGCUAGCAAGAGACAUGAGCGAGGCGAAGGUUGCUUUGAGCCCUUCGCAACAGCUUGUCACAGUCGAAGCCAUGUUCGUGGACGGAUGGGAGGCCAAGGCCAUCGAUAACUGGAAGCGAUGUAUGUCCACCCUCGGCGACAGUGGCGCAGAUACCUUCAAGGAGUUUUGGGAGCUUGGAGUGCGCAUGUUCUGCCAACAAGGUGAUCUUGUGCAGGGAGAACGCGCGGUGAACAAGCUUCUCGAGCGCCAACUCGAUCCACGCAUUCUGUUGCCGUACAUUAGGAGUUGUGCAACAAAUCCGAACGCGGAGCCAAGGAUAAAGGCCUGGGACGCAUACCGUCGAAUGAGGGACCUUCUUGGCUCUUCAAUGGGGCUCGAGGACUACGACCAGGUGAUCUCUUUCUUCCUAACGACUGGACAAACGGAAUACGCUUUGCAAGCCUUCGUCGAUAUGAUGAGCUCUAGUACGGUCGAGCUGAGUGGACGAGACCGAUUGCCUUCUCAAAUCGGCAACAAAUUCUUUUUCGGAAAAUGGCUGAAGCGACUUAUCGGUGCUGGAGACCUCGAUGGAGCGCAUAGCGUCUUCGAAUUCAUGCGGUUUAAGGGCAUCGAAGCGGCCAGCAUUCAGGUGAAUGGGCUUAUUGGUGCCUGGCAAAGGUCAGGUGGCGCCGACAAUUUGGAGAAGGCGGACAAGUUGGCAUGGCAAAUGAUCGAUGCUCGCGUGGAGUUUGUCGAGAAUCGUCGUCGACUUUCAACCAUGGAAGGGCCGGUUCGUACAGUCGAAGUGUCUGUGAAAUCUCAUACAGCUGCCAUGCCCAAGGCCACGCUCGAAACGUUUUCCCUACUUGCGGAGAAUUAUCGCCUUCGAAGUCUUCAUGCCGACUUAGCGAAGUUAUGGGACGCUUUCAGAGAAGCAGAAAUCAGCCCGGACGCCUUCAUGAUGAACCAGUUGCUGGAGUCCCACUCACAGAACGGCAACAUCUCUGAGGCACGCCAGCUGUACCAGACUCUCGUGUAUGACCGUCAGGUCAAACCUGAUCCCUACACGUUCAUGGCAUUGUGGAAGAUGCUUGGUGCCAAUCGUCUGCACAAUAUUGCAGGCGACGAGCUCGUCAACGAAACCAGAAUUACACGCGAGACUUUUGCAGAAAUGGUUCGCUUCGCGUCUGUGUUCAAACCAGACGGUCUCGACGGGCAAAUCGCGAGGAAGAUCCUCCACACAUUCCGCCGACUAAAGGACAAAAUCGGCAUCGUCGUUGCCCUCCAGGCUUUUAAGGCUGUCUUCGACUUCACUCCGCCCGAGGUGUUGGCCCUCGAGAUGAUGAUGGAGACUACAAGUCUUGCCUGGGAGACAACGCAGGCGCGACAGAAGCUUCGCCUCAUUAAGCGCAAGAUUGACUCGCACGUCGAAACCCGACAGAAGUCCAUUGGAGGAACUCUGACUCUAGACGAGAUGUCGCUCAAGCAGCGUGGCGAGGAGUACUCGUCUUACUUGCAGACGGCGUACAUGCAAGAAGCUGGUGAGCUGGCCAAGGGCCAGGUGUCGAUGGUGGCCAAGGAGAUGGGCGUGUACGAUAUAUUGGCACGCAAAGGCAGGGGCUAG